AUGUCCGAUUCCAAGCUUGUAGAUAUCCAGCCUGGUGGUGAAAGCACCCAAUACGAAUCUAUUCGGGAGUUUACAAUUCCCGCAGCGAAGCAGACCGGGCAAUUGGGUGGCAACUCUGCGCAUACGAAGAGCGAAAAGCCAGGCAUUCCGUACAGCCCCGAUGAUGCCGAGAGUAUUGAAAAGAGAGCGCGGGAAGAAGAUGCCGAGCAGGCAAGGAAGUUGGCACUGGGAGAAGCCACUGCUAGUUCUUCGGGAUAUACAGACAAAGACCUGAAGCCCGAGACCCGAGGUGAUACCGAGGCAGCGAAGAGUAGGAGGGAGCAAGGAUAUGGCCCUGGUUCUGGCGUGGGGGCAUAA